AUGGACUGUUUCAAUUGUGUUCCGUUUGCAACGAUGCAAAUCCAGAGCAAUAUACAGAGCGUCAACUCGAUCUUCGGUUGCAACUCGUCCGGCCACAGCGGCAUCAACCAGCUCGGCGGUGUGUACGUGAAUGGGCGACCGUUGCCGGACUCGACGCGGCAGAAGAUAGUCGAGCUGGCGCAUUCCGGUGCCCGACCGUGCGACAUCUCCCGCAUACUGCAGGUGUCGAACGGGUGCGUCAGCAAGAUACUGGGCCGGUACUACGAGACGGGCUCGAUCAAACCGCGGGCAAUCGGGGGUAGCAAGCCGCGGGUCGCCACCGCUGCCGUAGUGUCCAAGAUCGCAGAGUACAAAGCGGAAUGUCCGAGCAUCUUCGCGUGGGAGAUACGCGACCGUCUGCUGUCGGAGGGCACCUGCAACAACGAUAACAUACCGAGCGUAUCUUCCAUCAACCGUGUGCUGAGAAAUUUGGCCUCCAACAAGGAAACGUCGUCGCAAAGCAAUGAGACGGUGUACGAGAAGAUAAAGCUGUUCAACAACACCAGCGGACACUGGACCUGGUGUCAGAACAUUGGCAGCGGUCAGUUCAACUUUUCCUCCCAUCCCAUCCCGCACCUCUCACUGAAAACCUCCACCGAGCAACCAUCGAAGCCAGCAAACUGCUGUCUGGAGGAGAUGAGUGACAAGUACUCGUCCGAGGAUGACGAAGAUUCCGAGCUGCGGUUGAAGCUGAAGCGCAAGCUGCAACGCAACCGCACCUCGUUCACGAACGAGCAGAUCGAGAACUUGGAACGAGCAGAAUUCGAGCGCACCCACUAUCCGGACGUGUUUGCCCGGGAACGGUUGUCCGAGCGGAUCCAGCUGCCGGAAGCACGCAUACAGGUAAUUCUACCGUACCAUGCUGUUCUGGUGCGGUAUCUCAGGUAA